AAAUGCAGACCAAUGAAUGUAUUUUAUUGUGUUUUUGGUAAGCGUGUAAUGAAGCUAAGAUUAAAUAGGAAAUAGUUGCGUUCGGAAUGAUGCGCGGUGGGGAGGAGCUGCGCGCAAUGGCGUUUGCGUCUCAAAGCAGCGAAACUCAGAAUUAGGAAGAUAAAAGCGGAUCUGUACGCACAAGGGGAGAAAUAUAGGGUAGCAGUUUAGAAGCGUGUUACCUCCUGUCGGGGAAGGACUGUGCGUCAACUUGUUGCCAGUUUCUCAGAGAGCACACACCUGACAGCAUGUCCAGUCACAGGGGAAGAAUUGCUGGAAUCAUCACUUGUAUUGUGUUACUAGUAGGCUUCAUUUCCUUGUAUUCAAGGCGUUUAGAUGGCAUCGCCUUUACUGAAAAAUUCCAUGUGCCCAGAGAAGCAACACCAGUAUCCAAAAUUGAUUUGGAUGGCAAACUUAACUUUGGGGCCAGGCCAGCAGUUCAGACUCGGACUUCAUGGAACGCACCUAUUAUGUGGGAGUUGAUGUUUGAUGGUAGUCUUUAUGACAGAAAGCACAAGGAAGCCGAUACAGCUGUGGCCCUCACUGUGUUUGCUGUUGGAAGGUAUCUGGAGGCCUAUCUCAACACGUUCCUGACCUCAGCAGAGAAACAUUUUAUGUUGGGAUUACCUGUGACAUAUUUUGUGUUUACUGAUUUACCAGAGAAGGUGCAGAACAUUACCCUAGCUCCUCAGAGAAACCUCAAAGUUGUCAAAGUGGAGAAGUACAGCAGGUGGCAGGACAUCUCCAUGAUGCGAAUGAAGACGAUAUCGGAAGUAAUCGACGCAGUCCUGAAGUACGACUUCCACUAUGUCUUCUGCUUUGAUGUGGAUCAGAUAUUUAAAGCAAGAUUUGGCUCUGAGGCUCUUGGGGAGUCGGUGGCCCUACUCCAUGCUCACUAUUACAAACUUCCAAAGCACAUGUUUACAUAUGACAGAAAUCCAAAAUCCAAAGCUUGCAUGACUGAAGGAGAUUACUACUAUCAUGCUGCAAUUUUUGGAGGCACAUGUGAAAAGGUAAAGGCCUUGACAGAUUACUGCUAUGUUAACAUCAUGGAAGACAAACUGAAUAAUGUGGAGGCUUUAUGGCAUGAUGAAAGUCACCUAAACAAGUACUUUUGGCUUAAUAAACCCACAAAGUUGCUUUCCCCUGAGUACUGCUGGGACGAGAGUAUCGGUGAUGCAAGCGACAUACAGCUCAGGCGCCUGAUAUGGGCCCCCAAAGAUUAUGAGAAGCUUCGUACUCGGUAGUGUGCACAGAGAAAUAAAAUUUAAUUAUUGCAGACAAGUAAAAAAAAAAAAUGUUUACUGAAUUUUGAUUUUUUUUUGGGGGGGCAUCUAAUGAAACUGGCAACCUUAAAACCUCAAUUCUCAUGGGCAAGCUUGCAGACUUUUUUUUGGAAACUUGCACUUCUGUGUGAGGAUGAGUGGUAUCCACACAUACUGCUGUUUGAUUUAAUUUUUAUUACGGGCCAUGUUAAAGCAAUCAUAUGUUUAUAUUAUUUAACCUAACUCAAUGAAGCUUUAUUUAUCCGACAAUUUUCAUAAACCGAAAGUGCUUCAAAAUAUACAUGAAAAGUAUCAAUGAAAAAUACAAGGAAAAUAGCUGCUUUAACAUUUUAAAAAUCAAAUAUGAAAUGAAGACAUAUUGCCAUCAGUUACAUCAUAUUAGAGACAUUAAAGUUACUGUACUAUAUUAGAAUUUUCCACCAAUUAAGUUGAGAUAGUAGCUGUGAAAAUAAAAUAAAAUUACUACUAAAGUUAGCAAAUUACAUUACAACUUUUUUUUUAGUUUAAUUUUUUUAGAACAGUAGUACCAUUAUCGGCAAUGCUCCCAGCUAAUCUUAAUUAUUAAACAAGCCAGCUGAGGGUAAACUCCUGGAAAAAAAAAUAGUUACAGAGAAAAGUUUAAUUUCAGCGCAAUUCUCCUUGAUGAAAAAAAUUAUAUUUCCUCCCAACUCAGGAUUUUAUUGUUCAGUGGAUAUGAGGGACUAGUAGGAGUUAGUGACUAUUCUCCGGAUUAUGUAGUUAAUUUAGAUCUAGAUGCAAUAUUAAUGUGGAAAACUGGAAGUAUCCACCUGCACUUUAUACACGGGAAGAUACAAAACCUACAACAGGGGUCUACAAACUAUACAAUCAAAUGAGACAUUUUUUCCCCUCAGUGCAGCUAAUAUUAAAAUGUAUAUGGAGGGGUGAAUGUCGCAUGAAGUUUUGGAAAAAAAGGGAAUUUAUCAUUUUUGAUAAAUAUGUACUACAGGACACUUGUCAUUUUUAUAGAAAUAAUAUAUUUAAACUUUUAGGUUUCAAAAUAAGAAAAACAUAAACCUUUCAAAAUGAGGGGAUGGGUUUAUUUUUGUAUUGAAUGUUUAUAUGUGGGCAAAAAUAUAUAUAUUUUUAAAAAAGGGCAACUUUUCCAACCUAAUGAUGAAAAAAUAGAUUUAAAAGAACAUUCCUGGGACUUUUAGUGUCAUUCAGUUGUGAAGUUGAAUGCAAUUAUUUCAUGAAAAAAAAUCUAAAUACUGCUAAAAGCUGGAUUUUUUUUAUAUCUACUUUUUUAAAUUUAGUUUCUUUAUUGUUUUAAGUCAAAGUUAUUAACCCUCUGAUGCAUGAAUUAUGAAUCCCUGAGUCAAGAUUUUUUUAUGUGUUUUUACUCUUCUUAGGGCUUGAAAAAAAAAAACAAAUCUGAAUUUUUUUCAAAAAUUGAAUUUUUCCAGGAAGUUACAGAAAUGUCCACUACAGUGGAUUACAAGCGCCUGAGCACUCAACACAAAACAUUAUGAAUUUAUUCUAAAAACAGAACAAUCUUGUAUUCUGUUGUAAAUAUACAAACUAUUUUCAUUUUAUGCUUUGAAAAUAUUUCAACAUAUCUUGUUUAUGUUGCAAGAAAACAUGAACUGUCAUUUUAGUCUCUGCAUCUCCUAACACUUUGAUGGUCAUCACACCUAAGCUGUAUGAAUGUUUGCAAAGCACCCAGGUCAAAGUGACACACAGCAUUGCAUGCAAAUGUAUUUGAUCUGCCAUGUGCAUGCAGCAUCGUGACUUCUGCAUUUUUAGAAUCUUUGGAUGGAAUUUCUUGGACUAUUCUGCAGGUUGCCUUAUUCUUCUGUGUUUGAAGUCUACAAUAUAAAUAAUUGGUAUAGUUACACAAACAACAGCUAAUCUGUGCAAAAUAUACACAAAGUAUAAACAAAAUAUACUAAAAUGUAAAUUUUAAAUGAAUAGCUUAUAUGUGUUAUGUUAAACACUGAAUUAUAAGCAAAACAAUUACAAGGCAGUAAAGCAAUUAUAUGACUUCUGUUGAAAAAAUGUAAUGGGAGAUGCAUGACGUCCACUUCAGUGGACACAUGGUUAAUCGUCAUUUUCUAAAUGUUGGAGAAAAGUUUUUAUCUUUCAAACUGAUAAUAUCCUUCCUUAGAUGUUACUGUAAAUUAUCUUUUUUUUUUUUUUUUUUUUUUUUACCUGUUGGACUCUUCUAGUAUAGAAGGAUUGAGAGGAAAUGCCAGCAUAGAUUUGGCCAUCUUAGAUUCAGAACAAAUUUACUUGAGAGAGAGAGAAAAUAUAUAUACGUGGGGUGUGGUUUGUCUAUUUGUGUCAGCAAGUUUUCUUCUUAGUUAUGUCUCCAAGCUGAUAUUUUUUUUUUAAUUGUAAAAUUGUUCAAGAGCCUUUGGUUUUGUGUAAAAGUGACACAUUUGAUUGUUUCUUAGUGGAGUCUUGCUUAUUGUCUGUAACACUCUGUAUCCUUUGUAUAAUAUGAAAUGUUAUCUUAACUUGUUUGUCUUCUUCCCUUUGCUACUAAAGUAACACCCCCUAAGGCAAAAUCCUUGAUUCAACUUGUCUCCGUAGAUAUUGCGUUCAGAACAUACUUUUAAAGUAAAGAAACGCAUACCAUCAUCGCUGUGCUUUAGAGGUGACACCUAAACUAGUGCAAAGCUGUUUGCUCCACUUGUGAAAGCAAAAUCUGUCGAGCUCUAUUUGGCAUUAAGACAUCAUUUCUUAUUGCCACAUUGCUAGACAGGACACUGGGAAGAAAAAAAAUGUGAUUUUUCUAAUAUUAGCUAGAGAGAUACAAGUCUACACAUCCAAGUUUUUGUGAGUUAGUCUCUCCAAAAGUGACACCCUACCUUGCAUUGCACGUCGACCAUUUUUAUUAUUCAUUAAAGAUUAACUACAUGGACCCAUAGUGCAUUGGGUGUGUGUACAUGCCACCUUUAUUGCCACCUCUGAUUAAACUAAAAUGUCAAACUUAUCUAUAUAGCACAGAGCUGGCAAAAGUGAUAAGGUAUAUUAUUUUCAUAUAUAUAUUUUUUUACUUUACAUUAUUUAAAGAUUUUUACCUGGGGUGACAAUAAUUAUGCUUAACAAUAUUUUAUAAUUGAUAUUUAUUUUGGUAUGUCUGUUUGCUUGGUAUUCUCUUUUUUGUCUGUUUUUCUGUUUGUUUUAUUAUCUUAAUAUUGAUAUUGAUUCAUACCCUUUGGUUUUUCGUGGUUGAGAAAUAAAAGUUUAACAUUUGAA